AUGUCCUUAGAGAUACCUGCCGUUGUCGCCGACUUCUGGCCCGAACCUACAGACGAUGUUACCCCUUUCAAAGACAUGGUUUCUCUGGUCACCUCUGCCCUGAGCGCCGUUCCAUUCACCGGCGCCCUGGCCACAGUGAACACUGUUUCUGGGGUGGUUGCCAACUUCCUUACCAACCAAAUGAAGCCCCCGGAACAACCAAAUCUCUUUAUCAAAUGGAGCGACAUUGGCGUGAGCAUCGCUACCGCAGUCAAAGACUACCAAUCUACCGUUGCAAGUUCUCUCCGAACUACACUCGACGCUGAGAUCAACAACCCAACGUCAGGUAUCAAUUCCAUUUUGGCCGGCGGUAGCUUCUUGGGUGUCGCCCAAAACUUCACGGAAACAGAUAUGCAGAAAAAGGUUGCAGAUAGUAUGAAGCUUCGCUCUAUUGCUCUCCUACUACAAGCACAAAAGGCCUAUAUCUACAGGGCCACCAUCCCUGCCGACAGCUGCAAAAACGGAGAUCAGCCUUCCAAGUUAUGCACUUCGGCUACUGAUCGCCCAAAUUCCUUCGCACUACGAAUAGGCGAUGACAGUCCAUUUGACAUCCCGAAUGUGAUCAUAACAAAGUAUGGAAUCUCCAAAGAAACAUUCUUGCAAGGUCCCUCGGAUUGCUUCGACGAACACGGUGUGCAGCUUUUCACCCCAGAGAUCUUGCCGAUUGACUCCACCGCCAAGUGCAUCUUCAACCUUCCGGUGUGCACUUUUAAUGCCGAUACUUUCCCGGGACGCACUGUCCAGGAAAACUGCAGACUGCAAGGAAUUGACGUAUAA